GGGAGGCAGGCGGAUUUUUUGAGCCUGGUCUCAGAGCGGCGGGAGCGGCGGGUGGAGCUGGUCGGGUCACCCUGGCUGUCUGCCCGGAGUCUCCGUCGGUCGGCCGGGGAGGCGGGCUCCCCUCGGCUUCCCCGCCACAUUUAUGGACGAGCACCUCAGCCUGCUGCACUCCCCGGCCGCCCCGUCCUCCUGCAGGCACCUGAGGGGCGGCAGCAGCAGCAGUAGCGGCAUCGUGGGGAGCAGCCACCAUAACCUGGGCUACAGCGAACAGCUCUUCCCCGAGGGCGCGCUGACCGCCCCUCAGGAAGGGAAAGAGGACGAAGAGGGGGAGGACGGGGAGCUGGAGGGGGGCAUGACUGUGGUGGGAGGAGAAGACCCUCUGCUUGAAGAGUCCCAGCCCCCCCACGCCCUGCUGGGAGGGGAGCGCUAUGACCACCCCAUGGCCCACGCCUUGCCUCCCCCCACCCAUCAUCCAGUGGGCAGCAGCGGAGAUGGAGAACAUGAAUGUUGUGAGCGAGUGGUGAUCAACAUCUCAGGUCUGCGCUUUGAGACCCAACUCAAGACACUUGCCCAGUUCCCUGAGACGCUCCUGGGGGACCCCCGCAAGAGGAUGCAGUACUUUGACCCCCUUCGAAACGAAUAUUUCUUUGACCGCAAUCGGCCCAGUUUUGAUGCCAUCCUCUACUACUUCCAGUCUGGAGGCCGUAUUCGGCGCCCCGUCAAUGUCCCUAUUGACAUCUUUUCAGAAGAGAUUCGUUUCUAUCAACUGGGAGAGGAAGCUAUGGAAAAAUUCCGGGAAGAUGAAGGUUUUAUCCGUGAGGAGCAGAGACCUCUUCCUGAAAAGGAAUUCCAGCGUCAGGUGUGGCUCCUCUUUGAGUACCCAGAGAGUUCUGGACCAGCCCGGGGUAUUGCUAUUGUCUCAGUUCUCGUUAUCCUCAUCUCCAUCGUCAUUUUCUGCCUUGAAACCUUGCCUGAGUUCAGAGAUGACCGUGACUAUGAAGCUACUGCAGUGACAUUUGGGACUGGUGGUGGUCCUUUUGUGGCAGAUAUUUUCACAAAUUCUUCCUCAACAGCCUCAGUGGUGUCACCUUUCACUGACCCCUUUUUUGUGGUGGAGACUUUGUGCAUUAUCUGGUUCUCUUUUGAGCUUCUUGUCCGCUUCUUUGCCUGUCCCAGUAAGCCCACCUUCUCUAAGAACAUUAUGAACAUAAUUGACAUUGUGGCAAUUAUACCUUAUUUCAUCACCCUGGGCACUGAGCUGGCAGAGCGGCAGGGGAAUGGCCAACAGGCAAUGUCCCUGGCCAUUCUCAGAGUCAUUCGACUGGUCAGAGUCUUCCGAAUAUUCAAGCUGUCUCGGCACUCCAAGGGAUUGCAGAUCUUGGGUCAGACUCUCAAGGCCAGCAUGAGGGAGCUUGGCUUGCUUAUUUUCUUCCUCUUCAUUGGAGUUAUCCUGUUUUCUAGUGCGGUCUACUUUGCAGAAGCUGAUGAUCCCACUUCAAGUUUCAGCAGUAUUCCUGAUGCCUUUUGGUGGGCUGUAGUGACUAUGACUACUGUGGGUUAUGGGGACAUGCACCCGGUCACUAUUGGAGGCAAAAUAGUUGGGUCUCUCUGUGCCAUAGCUGGGGUUCUGACCAUUGCUUUGCCAGUGCCUGUGAUAGUAUCCAAUUUCAACUACUUUUAUCACCGGGAAACGGAAGGUGAGGAGCAAGCCCAAUAUAUGCAUGUAGGAAGCUGCCAGCACCUCUCAUCUACUGAGGAACUGAAGAAAGCUCGUAGCAAUUCUACUCUUAGCAAGUCAGAGUACAUGGUGAUAGAAGAGGGAGGCAUCAGUAACAGUUCAUUCAAACAGGCUUCUUUUAAAACAGGCAAUUGCACAGCCGCAAACAAUCCCAACUGUGUGAAUAUUAAAAAGAUGUUUACAGAUGUUUAAAGAUAGCCUUCAAGGAUAUGUAAAAAUAUUACAGGAGGUCUGUAUAAUCAGUAUUGUGAGGAACAUGCACCAUCGUUGAUCUUUGUGCUCUUGUUUAAUACAUGUACUUUUUUGAUCCUUCUUUCUGAAGAGCAAAUCUGAAGAUUUUUAGAAGGAAAAAACAAGCAGCUUAAGAAGGAUGCAAAGAAGAAUGUGAUGCUCUCUCCUGAAACAGGUUUUUGUUCCGAGCUAUAUUUGUUGCAGGGCUUUUAGGUUUUGUUUGGAAAUGUCUGAUUUUGCAAAGAGCAACUAUGUUGCCCAUUCUAAUUUCCUUCCAUAUAUGCAUUUGAAAGUUAUGAAAUGAAAGAGAAGUGAAUGUAGCCAUGUUGCAGACAGCAAAAAUUAUAAUCAUGUAAUUUCACAAAGCAUCUCUGUCACUCCAUUGCAAAAUUAUGCCUGGUACUGGAACAUCUGAUGCAUGUCAUGCAAGGGUACAAUCUUGAUGACGUUAUGCCAGGUUAGAGCUUGUGUGAAAUUUGAACCUGUCCUAGAUAUGGGUGCGAUCCUUUUGAUACAAUGAGAGAGAAGUCUUCAUUAUGAUUCAAGAUUUCUUCAGUUCUCAAACCCACAGAAUUGUUUCCUUCAAUCUGAAAUUCUAGCUACAAGGUAUAGUGGAAUAUAUUUCUUAUAUCACAAGGCUUAACAACUACUUAUCAAGAAUUCUGGGACUUCUAGCGAACCAGUGAUGGGCCUUUUUGUGACUACAGCCUCAAUCAAAACCUGAAAAACAAAGGGGAUAUUUCUAUCCAUUUUCAAGGCAUUUAUGAUAAGCGGCUGCAUCUAUCACAAGAAGAUUAAAGUGGCAAACACGCCUUGCAGCGGAAGUUACUAAUUUGGACCUCAGUGAUGCAGUUUCCAUAGCAACUUUGGUUUCCUGGGAAACUCCCUAAGGUUGUCAUGGCAUCCAUUCCCUCUCUCCCCCAGUUCUUUGCUGUUGCUGUAGUAACCAUUCCAGAUGGCUCCAACUUCUGUGAUUCCACAGGAAAGCUGCUGCUCCGAUAAAGCACGCACACACACAAAAUUAAUCCCCAAGAGAUUUAGGUGUGGAAACUUUAUGCACCAUUUUUAAGAUAUGCAGAAUUCUCAGUUCUGAUGCCUACAGAAUGAUGAAGAAAAGAGAUAAUGUGGAAUAGUUAACUUGGUCUUCACAUUGUGAAUAGGAUCAAAAUGCCUUCUCUGUAAAUGAAACAAGCUUCCAGGUCUCCUUUGCAGUCAAUUUGAUGCUUAAUAGUUGAAAAUGGAGAAUUUUUUUGUAUGUUCUACCUUCACAACUGUGCAAAAGAAUGAAAAAAGAUGACUUCCCUGCCUGCUUCUUUCAGAAUAAACCACAUAUUAAUUCAUAGACCAUGACCUAGUUUUACCCAAAAUAUUCCUCUACAAAUGGCAGUUCCACUUUCAAAAUGCAUAUGGCAUUGAAGAACAAGAGCGAACAUUUCUUACAAAAUGAAGCAAGUUGAGGAAUAAAUGCAGAUGGACCACAACAGUAAGAGUGAGAAAACAGUAAGGGUGAGAAAUACUUAAAAUCGUCUGGGAAACAUAUACCCAUUUUCUCCAGUCUAUACACCUGGGGCUAUGGAAUAUCAGACAAACACAGGAAUCCAGGCACAAACACCCAUCAGGAACCUCAAUUCUACACCUGCAACUGGAGCUUCAAUAACAGAACACCCUGCAUAUAGAGUCAGAGCACAAGGAGCAAAACAAACAGAAACUACUAAAAGUAUUCCUGCCCAGCUUCCUACACUGGAUGGGCAUCCAGGGAGCCAUUCACAGAUGCUUCACCCCAGCACCUGGCAGAGCACGAGUGAGGCCUACAGCAAUAGAGAAGCCAGCUGUGCCUCUAGAUGGGAAGGACUGGUAAAAUGAAAAAAGAAAUCCUGGAGCAAGAACUGUCCAUAGGUCUGAGUCAAGGAUCUUUUUUGAUAGGAGGGUAACACAGAUUCUAUUUGCCAGAAAGGCAAUCUGGCAGCCCUGUUGAAGAAGAUAGAAGGACUGGAGGAAUAUAUUGCUACCUUCCAACUGAUUAGGAAAGGGAAAAUUACCCCCAAGAGGCUCUGUGAAGAGAUGGAGAAACUGAUCAGAAGCUUAAUGAAUUGCAAAUAUCUCGAUGGCCCUGUAUACUACUUCCCUUGAGCAGCUGUUUUCAGAAUCUAACAGAAGAUUCAGUUGCAGAGGAUUUGCCAGAAGGAGAUCAUUGUGAGCCUGAAUGAAGAAGUGCAGAGAAAGAAUGGACAUCUGCUACUUUCAAUGGAGGGCGAAGAUUCAGAUGUUCCAGAAUGCCACCAAUACACUAGAGGGAUGUAAAAAAAAAGUGUCAUCUUUCACUGAUAUACAUAGUAAAUACUGCUAUUUAUUCUACUCAACAGAUGACUGAAGAUGACUCAGUAAGUCAGAUAACAGGACUUGAUCAGUGUCUCAAACACUUAUAAAAGGAAUCUGAAAUCAGGAAGUAACGAAUUAUACUAAAGCAUCAUGCACUGAACUGAAGGAUGGUCUGCCAUCUUGUGUCUCAGUAGUUUAAUGUGUAGCAGUUCUUGCUUUCUGUAUUUUCUGACAAGUGCAUUAUGUAGAAAUGAAGUCUCUUACAUUGUAAGAUAAACCAAAUACAGUAUUGUAAGAAAGAUCAAUAUAAGAGGAAAGAGUAGAUGUCAUUUCUGCCUUUAUCAAAGCUCUCAUUCAAACAUCAGUCACUAGAAACAAGACAUACAUUGAACUAAUAUACACUCCAAAUGUGUCAAUUGUAUAAUAUUCAUCUGUUUAGUUUUGUACAAUUUUAAUUUUUCAUUGUAAUGCAAAAUGUAUUCUUAUUCUGUGUUCUUUUAAAAUUAUUUUUUGGUGAAGAGUUA